GUCCUUGAUUCCCGUUUUCUAGAGGCGAGCUGUUUUGGUCACCCUGAUUCCGAGGAUUGCCCAUUCUCGCACCAAAACAAUCAGUCCAAAAGUGAACCGAAAUCAACAUCAAAUCUCGGCGGGGUUCUCCGGUCAAUCCAUCAUGGAGGGCGAGAAUCCACCCAAAAAGCCUCGAUUGAACGAGCACGAGCCUUCUACUUCGGCCUCCAAGUCCGCGAAGGCCGACGAAGAAGAUUCAGCCCAGGCUCAAGGCUGUGAAGAGGACGACGAUAGCGAGAAUUGUACGAUUUGCAUGGAGCCUUGGACCAAUUCGGGCGAACAUCGGAUUGCCUCGCUCAAAUGCGGCCAUUUCUUCGGAUUGGCUUGCAUCGAGCGAUGGCUGAAAAGCGUCAACUCGCACGGCUGUCCCAAUUGUAACGAGAAGGCCCAAAAACGGGAUAUUCGGGUGCAUUUCACCCUCCGCCUCAAGGCCAUCGACACGAGUGAACGUGAUCGGGCCCUCAAGGAUCUGGCCCACGCCCAGGGACAACUCAGACAAGUCCAAUUGGACUACAAGACUUUGCAAGUACAAAACAAAUUGCAAUCCGAUGAAAUUGAGCAACUCAAGCGGUUGUGUCAAGCGAACCGUUCUUUGACAGACUCGGUGGGCGUCUCUUCGUUGUCUUCGUCGUUGAUGGUGAGCACCAAAGGUGGCAAACCGGUCGGAGCUCGGGCCUUGCGCUAUGUAAAGCAAUUGGAUAUCAUCCGUUCUAUUCUCGACGAUUCGGGCUCCCGUGAUCGUUAUUGUCGACUGAUGGCCUUCAAUGAAGUCCACGCUAUGCUCAUCGUAACCCAACCCAGUUUUACGGCCUUGGCACCGGGAUUCGGCAUCCGAAGAAUCAAUAUGUUGGACCGGAAAGUGGGCACAUUCAUGGCGUUGCACAAGGACUCGAUUCGAGACAUGGCCUUUCAUCCCACCCGACAUGACCAGUUGUUAUCAGUAUCGCAAGACAAAUCUGUCCGCCUCACCAACGUCAAUUCUGGCCAAGAGAUCCAACGAUACUCUUGCGAUAGUGAGGUGUGGAGUUGCGCUUGGGAUCGAGAUAAUCCUCAUCAGUUUUUCAUUGGAACGCGUCGAAGCGAGAUCUGGCUGUAUGACACGCGUGAAACUGCACUGGACCCGAAGAUGAAACUCGAAUUUCCGGCCGUGGAACGGAGGCCCAUUAUUUCCUUAGCCUAUGUGCAAAAGGACGCUUCCAGUCAGUUCAAAAUGGGCGGCCUCCUCGUCAUGACCCUAGGUUCGCUCUGGUUCUUCGCUCAAAACCCGGCAGACGCCAACAGUUAUGCGCCUCAUCGUCUAAAACCUUCCGAGCCGUUUUGGUCCAUGCGCUUUGACAAUGAUCUCAGACUUCUACUAAUCUCCACCCGACCCAAUCCCCAUUCCAGACACAUUGUGGGCUCCCUCACUCAAAUAGAAGUGCCUGAAAGUGAAAAUCAGUGCUCGUUGAUCGAGAUGUACAAUAAAAAACGAGGUGGCUCCUACACCGAAAGAUCGUUUCUCAAGGCUUGCAUUUUCCGGGAUGACCAAAGAGCCAUAUUAGUAUAUGGUCGAGGAUCAUCUGGCUCCGAUCAUAAGAUGGUUUUAGAGGAAUUGGGCACAGAGAAGAUUUUGCAAGAAGUACGGGUCCCAAGGCCAAUCUUAGACAUUGCCAAAUUUUCCGUCAACGGAGAGCACUUUGUGGCAGCCUUGUGCGAAUGUCAAGUGUUCAUUUAUCAAUGGAUGGAAAAUACGGAGAAUAGUUGAGUAUGCACUUGAGACCUGAUAACUACUACGCUUUUUAUAAGAAUUGAAUCGUCCUCGACCAAUUUUUAUACUUCACCACUCACAUCCACUCAGUAUCAAAACCAGAUCCACGAGCAAGGGGUCGUUUGAAAUAUAAAGCGAUAUAUUUCAGUCUUAAAA